GCCGCGCAGCAGCGGCCGCGUUGCGCGCAGGGCCGCGGGGCCGCAGGCAGCCCCGGAGCGGGGCCGCACACGGGCAAGGAUGAGUCUCUUUGGAUCAACGUCAGGGUUUAGUACCGGAGGUACCAGCAUGUUUGGCAGCACGACUGCAGACAAUCAUAACCCGAUGAAGGAUAUUGAAGUGACGUCUCCACCUGAUGACAGCAUAUCUUGUUUAGCCUUUAGUCCACCAACACUGCCGGGAAAUUUCCUCAUUGCAGGAUCGUGGGCAAAUGAUGUUCGCUGUUGGGAAGUGCAGGAUAAUGGACAGACCAUUCCAAAGGCUCAGCAGAUGCACACAGGGCCUGUACUAGAUGGCUGCUGGAGUGAUGAUGGGAGUAAAGUAUUUACUGCUUCCUGUGAUAAAACUGCUAAAAUGUGGGAUCUUAACAGUAAUCAAGCUAUUCAGAUUGCACAACAUGAUGCUCCUGUGAAGACUAUCCAUUGGAUUAAAGCACCAAAUUACAGCUGUGUGAUGACAGGAAGCUGGGAUAAAACUUUGAAGUUCUGGGAUACCCGUUCACCCACACCUAUGAUGACACUGCAGCUCCCUGAGAGAUGUUACUGUGCAGAUGUGGUUCAUCCUAUGGCUGCUGUGGCCACUGCAGAAAGGGGUUUGAUAGUUUAUCAGUUAGAGAAUCAACCUUCUGAAUUCAGAAGAAUAGAAUCUCCUCUUAAGCACCAGCAUCGCUGUGUUGCUAUUUUUAAAGACAAAGUGAACAAACCUACUGGAUUUGCCCUUGGAAGUAUUGAAGGAAGAGUAGCUAUUCAUUACAUCAACCCCCCAAACCCUGCAAAAGAUAAUUUCACUUUCAAAUGUCAUCGCUCCAAUGGAACAAACACCUCAGCACCUCAGGAUAUCUAUGCUGUAAAUGGGAUAGCAUUUCACCCUGUCCAUGGUACUCUUGCAACAGUGGGUUCUGAUGGUAGGUUCAGCUUUUGGGAUAAAGAUGCACGAACCAAGCUAAAGACAUCAGAACAACUCGACCAGCCCAUCUCUGCCUGUUGUUUCAACCAUAAUGGCAACAUAUUUGCAUACGCUUCCAGUUACGAUUGGUCAAAGGGUCAUGAAUUUUAUAAUCCACAGAAGAAAAACUACAUUUUUCUGCGAAAUGCAGCAGAGGAGUUAAAGCCAAGGAAUAAGAAGUAGUGAGUAUGAGUCUGACUAGACUUACUCUACUGAUUUUUCUGCCAUUCCUGCCUCUACUUCACUGCUCUUCUGCCAUUUGUGCCCAGUUCCACCAUGGUUCAGACAACUUUGGAUCACUAACAUUUAGCAGGAACUGUAAAACUUGUCUGUUCUGCAGCAAUAAUUGCAGCAAAAUCUAAAUCUGGGUUAGAUGGUUCCUGCUUAGAAGUGCAACCAUCUGUAUCUGGAUUUAUUUUAUUAGUACUACAUUAAAAUAUGUUAAUUAUAAUGGUUCUGGAGAAGUUGUAUAAAUACUGUAUUUUUUUGUAAGUAUUUGAAGAAUUGCAAGUAAUUCUUCUCAAAGGAGGCUUGUUAUUACUUAUUAUUCAGGGGUUCUUUAAUUGCUUUCUGACUUUUAAAAUGGAAAUAUUGUCUACUGUAUGCCAGGAAGAAAUGCCUUGCAAAUUGUUUUCUCUCAUUUUUUGGAUGAAUUUGGUAAGUAUGUAAGUGGCCAGUAGGAGUGACAGGAACUCAAGACAGAAGAUGGGCACCAUCCCUACUUUAAGUUUAUUCUUCUACUCCAGCAAAUUGACAUGGCUUUUCAGCCAAGGAGACUCAUGUUUCUUCUAGUCCAAAGAAGAAAUUGUCAGCUGUGCCAAGUGAUACAUAGCUCAGUAAUACAAGCAAACAACCAAACUGAUGUGGGAGAAAAUGCAUGUGGCCUUAACUGCUUUAAAGCUGGUACCUUUUACAGUUCAAAGUUGGUUCUUUUACAUCUCUCUUAAUGUGUUUUUGUUGCUUGACAGGGGUUUCUGGAUUGAAAAAAAAUACUCAUUUUUUAUUAGCUAGAAAAUAGUGUGGGUGAGUUUCAUCCUGAUCAAAAAUGCUGUGAAACAAAACAAGUGAGUCUCUUUCUGACUUGAAUAUACCACUGUUUACUUUGACCUAGCCAGUUGUAUACAUGCCAAAGUUUUCUUUUUAGAAGUGAAUGCUUAUUAUUCCUGUUUAACAAUUGUUUGAUAAUGACAACAUAAAAAUGGAGGGGGGGGGGAGGGCACAUGUAUAGAAAUGCCUGUCAUGUACAAAUUCUCUGUAAAGCUGUAUGUUGUAAUGCUUCUGAUUAGAGAUUCAUGCUACAUUUCAAAUAAAAUUUUUACUAAAUG